AUGCAUUCAAUCCAACCCCCUGCCGAAAUUGUCAUGCAGCAACGACAACAGCGAAGGCCUCAAACCACUUGCUCAAUCGUCCGUUAUUUGGCUUCAUUUGCUGAACGGAAGCAGUCGCUAUCCACACAGAUGCCUGCACGGCUGUUUCCCGUCCACUCAAGUAUCUCACCAGAUGAAAACGAGGACAAGGGCGAAGGUUCUUUAUACAUCAUUACACCCACUCGAAAUGUGUCCACUCCAAAGCAGCAACGACACCAAUCAGCCUUACCUGAGGCUCUAUCGCCAGAUAUUCUCGACUGUAGUGAUUCUUUGCCACAUUCCUCCAUUCUAACUAUUGCAGUACCGCUCUCGAGAUCCCAUCAAAGCUCAUCCUCUUCUCUUUGUAUGCCUACAUUCUCGCUAUUGGAUGGCCUAGAAUCAAAAGAGAACCAACAACAGGAUUGGCUCCAACAGAUACCUCAUUCACUUGGUACUCCUUUUUCUUCUUCUUCAUCUUCUUCACGUCCACUGAACGCCAAAAAAUCAGUUCGAACACUCGUUAAUAGAGUCAUGUGGUUUAGACGAGGCAACCAAUCUGGUACCGCAGUCACGACAAAUGAACUUUGUCAUUUUCAAGACACAGCCUCUUUUACUUCUGCUCCUGCUUCUAUUCCUACUAUUUCUACUGCUUACGUUGCUGCUUAUGCUGCUUCUACCGCUUCUACCGCUUCUACCGCUUCUACUAUUGAUUUCAUUCGCGGUACCUGUAACCGAGCGCAUGGACAUAGCCCGGCUAUUAAAACUAGUAUAGCGUCGCGUGUUGUGAGCGAGAUCCUGUCCAUGAUUUUUCGACAUCUCAUGGAUCGCAAGAGCAUUUUAAAUUGUAGCCUUGUGUCAACCCAUUGGCACGGCCCUGCACGGAUAGAGUUAGCGCGUAUCAUCCAAGACAUGCCCUUUAACGGCCAAGGUCUUGUCCAUGCUAUUCGGACGCGGUUUGCACAGGAGACCUUUCCGGUCUUGUCCAUGUCUCUUUUUGACAAAUUAAUCUGUAACCUUUCGGAAUUAUACUAUCAUUCUAACCCAGAGACCAAGGAUGUCUUUGCACCGGCAUAUGCGCCCGACAUGCUCUACCAUCUCUUCUGGACCUUUCUCUUUAUUGAUCAAGAGUUUCGUAACCCUCGGUCACGUUCAAAAAUCACUUGCAGCUAUUUUGUACGUCUGAUCCAGGAUGAAGGUGGGGGCUAUCCUCAGGAACUCUUUAACAAGAAAGUUCUCAAGAAUAUUUAUAACGAUAUUCGAUCUCGACCUCUGUUGCCGGCACCAUACUUGAUCAACGCAUUGAAUGGCGUUGAAGGAAGAUCUGCCGCACCUAGUAACAGCAGCAACAUAAGGCGAAGGCGAAGGCGAAGACAAGGUAUUCAUCCACGGCAAUCAUCCUCAUUGAUGAAUCUAAUUCCUUCUUUAAAACUUGAAGAGUCCUUUAAAAAAGCUCGGGGGUGGUGGAGAAGUAGAGGACGCGAGGACAGAAGUUUAGCUUAUGUGCAAGCAGGCGCGACUGCAGCGGAGCCGGAAAUGAUAACAGCAGCAUUGGUCGACAAUAAUGAUGGCGUGCAAAGUCCAAGUGCGAGAAGCUCCUCUUCCUCGCCAACGUCACUGUCGUCGCCAUCACCUCUAUCCCCAUCCUUGGAUUUCACCAACCACGGCCACUAUCAACAACGCCAGGCAAAUUCCUCUAUAUCUUUUCCAAACUCGGUUUCUUCCACCUCUUCCCUCCAACUAUCCGCCUUCUCCGCUCCACUAACUCACUCUGAUUCUUCGGCAUGUCCAUUAUCAACACCAUCGUCCAAUCGCAGCGAUCCUGACCCAAUGGCGCUAUCAAGAAUACAGCCUGAACAUGGUAUUUACAGAAUGAAUAGGACACUUAAGCACAACUGUGGUGAUAUGCCAUGCUAUGGUCAUAGUAGGCGCCAUGGCAGUGGUAAUCGACGUAAUAGCCAUAAGCGGCGUCCAAAGCAUGGGCCUUGUCCGAUCAUAACUCAGGGCUUUACUUCUGUAAGUCAUGGAUGGCAUCCUGAGGGCGAUGGCCUAGACAAUGUCAUCAAGUUCCCGAAACCUAAUAGGCCUAGUACAUUAGGGAGUCAGCAUCAUAUUCUACAAUAUUCCAACCUCAUGUUGGAAGUAAAUUAG